AUGUCUCGUCCCCUAAUAUUUGGUCUCAUCCCACCGAUAUUCCGCAUCUGGCGCAGUGACUGCGGCGCGCAGCCAAAAGUCGACUCAACGCACACGCGACAAGCAGAAAAUAUAGUGAGAGCCCUGACCGCAAAUCACCAGCAUCUUGAAGCAUCUUCAUCGAAGUUUUCGUCUGUCUGUGUCCACAGGAUGCCGUCUGCCUUCAAGUCGUACAGUCUCGCGAGUAGUCCAAAGGAUGAGCGGAUUGCAUACUUUCUGGAGCAAGGCAGACAAGUCAGGUUUGACCCGGAUCAGAUGGACUUGGCGGAGUGGAGACGAGCGACCGAGCACCGUUUGAAGGAAGCAGAUCACGCGUCAUUCGCAAACGGCCUUCGACGUAUACGCGGUUCCCAGGUCAACAUCCCUGCCAUGAUAGGCACUGGCGGCGCAAAGACCGCGCCGGCAUCGCCAGUUCUUUCAUCAGCAACUUUGGCGGAAGACUUCAUUCGCUUCCCUUCCGAAUCUCUGCAUUCAUUCUCCUUUGCUCCACAUGAACCGAACACCCUUCUCCAGAACCACCGUCAGUCACUGCUCAGAAAAAGCGUCGACUACAUGCGCGACCGAUUACAGGCGCCGAGUGUGACGUCCGCGCAAGCGAGGGCUGAGGCCAAGCUUGCGCCGAAUACUGAAGAAGCUCAACUUGUAGGGUUGUUGGAGAGUGCACACUUGAUUCCGAGAAGUGCGAGGAAUGACAGCAACGAUACAGUGAAGAUGGAUGUUGGCAGUGCACCGAUUGAGCGCAACACCUUGGAUGACUAUAUGCGAGCGAAGGGCGUGUCCACGCAGGAAGAGAGUGCCAUCGAGGAUGGUGCUGAGAAGGAGGAUGAUGAUGAGAUUGAUGAGGAGUCAGAUGAUGAAGCGAUAUGGAUUGGAGGGAGGAAGAAGGGAUCACGGUCUACGACAGGUUCGAGCCACAAGACUGGCAGCACUACGAUUACCGUGCCGCAUAUACAUACACCGGCCAUCGACGUGGAAGGACCAGGACCAGAGGACCGUGCGAACUUGAAACGAACAUACACCGACACUGGUCCCCUUACGCUGCAGACUAAGCUUCUUGACGUUAUCUCCAAGCCUUACUCCCUGGCAGAUCCACCCACCUCAGCUUCAGCACACUCGGGUUAUUCGCCCAUCCUUCACACCGCACCCACCAAAUACGUUAACUCCCAGCAGGCUAUCGUUACGACAGGCAUCUCCGCCCCUUGGAAGAUCUUGAGUGCGAAUGAUGUGGCUUUACGUGUGUUCGGUCUCACUCAUGAGGAGGUUAGGAAGACGAGUUUGAUUGAUGUUGUCUCAGAGGAGCGACGAUCGUGGCUCGAAGAGAAGCUUAUCUCGUCCAUUAUUUCUGCCUCUCGGGCGGGAUCGCGAGCAAACUCUCUUGCUAUCCCGACAGCGCACGGACCCAGCAGGAGAACUAGCUUGGAGGAUCUACAGGUUGCGGCAAGUCUUUUGGAGGAUGAAAGUGGCGAUAACACUGGUCAUGUCAUCUUGUGCGGUAACGUUCUGCCCAUCAAGAGGAAGGAUGGAACGACCGCCAGCGCAAGUUGUUGGUGCAAGGAGAAGAAGGGCAAAUACCUUGUCUGGGUCUUUGAGAAGAUUCAGGAGCGUGUUUCUGAGAUUGAGGUCAAUGUCGCAGGGAAAAUUGCCAGCGCUACUGGCGAGGUUCAGAAGAGUUUCGGAGAGGUGUCUGAAGGGGAGGACCUGGCGCUUUACGUGCCUAGCAUUCCUCAGGCCGAAGAUGGUAACAUCCACUUCUCUCAGGUUGCCAGAGACUUUACCUUCUCUGGUAGGACUAAGGCUGGCAUGGCGUUCCCCUGCGCUAUUGAGGUUCGCAGGGAGCAGAGUGACGCUGUUGAGCAGAUUGAGCGCAAGAUCACCCUGAAGGUGCACACGUUACCUGAUAUUGCUGGUAUGAUCAUUCUCUACGCCGAUGGUAUGACCAUUGCUUCCUCAAACCCCGUCUUCGCAAACGCCUUAUUUGGUGUGCCGAACCCGACGAACACCCACAUUUCGGAGUUCUUGCCGGAGUUUGAUGAGCUUCUCACUUGGUUCCGCGAUAUCGAGGACGCGGACUUUGAGGAGGGCGCUGUCUUCCCUGAGAUGUCAUUCCGCCGAGCCAAGCUCGUGAGCAAUGGAUCUAAGUCGAAUGCGACCAUUACUCCCAAUGAGUUGCAAGCGAAGCUCCUCUUGGAGCCACGUGGUUUGUUGGCUAAGCACCGUGAUGGAGGCACAUACGAAGUGGACGUGCAAAUGCGCGUUGUCAUCAACGAGCAUGACACGGACAGGAAGAAGAUGUAUGCUUUGUGGGUUACGUACGGACGUGAGAUGAAUGAGGCUCACUUCAAUCGUAGCAAGCACGAGCAAGUCAUUGAUGAAAGUGUUGUUGUCGAGAAGCUUGAGGAGAUCGAUACCCUUGCUCAGCCGGAGAGUUCCAUCAUCUCGCCUCAGGACACGAGUGCCGAGCAGAGUGAAGUCGAGGAGCUUGCCGAUAAGCCGAAGAAGCUCGAAGAUUUCACCAUCGUUGAGGAACUUGGCAAAGGUGCUUACGGAGAAGUCAAGCUCGCCAGGUACAAGCGGAAGCCCAGUCGCAAGGCUGUCCUUAAGUAUGUUCACAAGGACAAGAUUCUGGUGGACAACUGGGCUCGUCACCGUGGUUACGGAACUAUCCCGCUCGAGAUCCAUGUCCUUGACUUUGUCAACAAGCAGCCUCAUACGAACAUCGUGAAAAUGCAGUCGUUUUUUGAGGACGAGGCCAACUUCUACAUCGAGAUGGAGCCGUGCACUGGUAUGGAUUUGUUUGACUACAUCGAGUUGAACCUCAACAUGGGUGAGGACGAGUGCCGGUCUAUCUACGUUCAAGUCGCUAGGGCGUUGAAGCACUUGCACGAUCUCGGCAUUGUCCACCGCGACAUCAAGGAUGAAAACAUCGUUGUCGAUCCGCCGAGGAAGUUAAAGGGAGGAAAGCCGUUUACAGUCUCUGACAUCAAGGUCAAGUUGAUCGACUUUGGUAGUGCGACAUACAUCCGCAACGGCCCGUUCGAUACCUUCGUUGGAACGAUCGACUAUUGUAGUCCUGAGAUGCUUCGCGGUGAGAAUUACAAGGGACCGCCGCAGGAUGUCUGGGCUGCGGGUAUCUUGCUGUACACCAUGAUCUACAAGGAGAACCCCUUCUACAACAUUGACGAGAUCAUGGACCGAGACCUCCGCAUCCCCUUCGUUAUGAGCGAAGCCAGUCUGGAUCUCGUGCAGCGGAUGCUCAACCGAACGAUCUCCGAGCGCCCGACGAUGACGGAAGUUCUGGAACACGAGUGGUUUAACGGUGUGAUUGAGGAGUAG